AUGGCCAAAAUAAUAUCAACGAUUAAGGCCAUUCUAACGCGCAUUAUAUUCAGCGCCCACAGCCUGCUGGCCAUUUGGCAGGUGACCACGUUCAAGAAGGACAUCAUCUAUUGGACGCUAUGUGGGCCACUGCUGCUGCUGCUGCUGGAGGGCAUCUUCACCAUCAUGAUCAAGAAGACGCAGGAAUGGCGCUGGUUCUGCCCCUCGGUUUUUCUGUAUCUGAGCAGCAUUGUGCCGGCCAUUUGGCUACUCGAACUGGAUAAGAUUGAGCGGCGCCUGCAGCUGAUGAAUGCCUCGCUAGUCAAUGCAAAUGCCAGCAAUGCCAUCAAUGACAGCAGCCUCGCCGGCACCACCACCACCACCACCAGCACCAGCCACACCACCAGCACAAACAGCAGCGCCAUCGCGCCAGUGGCUGAUCUGCUGGAUGAUGCUGGUAUCACUUUGCCCGUCAUAAGCCCCGACACUUGGACGACGCUCAUUGAACAGUUUCUCAUGCUAAUCCUGAUUGUCGGCCGCUGGCUGCUGCCCAAGGGAGACUUAACACGCGACCAGCUCAGCCAGCUGCUGUUGGUCUACAUUGGCACGGCUGCAGAUAUCAUUGAGUUUUUUGACUCCUACAAAGAUGAUUCCAUAGCACGCAUUGGAUUUUUGGUCUUUCUCACAUUGGGCAUUUGGUCCUGGAGUCUCAUGCAGUUUACCAUUGUGCUGUCGGCCACAAGGGGCAGGCGACCGCGAGGCAGUGGCUCUCAUCACAAGGAGGACCAGACGGACUGCUGCCAGAACUGCUGUUGUGGCAUCGAUGUCUGGGGCAUAGUGCUGAACGUUAUUCUGCAGGAUGCGCCGUUUCUCACAUUUCGUCUAUUGAUUAUAUUUCAAUACAAGAUAAUCAACUACAUGAACGUGUUUUUUACAUGCAAGAACUCCUUGGUCAUUAUACUACAAUUGUACCGCCUGUAUGUGGUCAAUGCGGAGUUCUGGAAGAGUCGACGCGAGAGUCGCAUGGCCAAGGCGCGUCAGUAUCAGUCGCGUCGGCGGGUUCACGAUGCGGACCAGAACAGCAUCUAUAUGAUAUCCAAUGAGCGUGGCGGGGAAGUCAAAAAGAAGAUUAAGAAAGCCAAGGAUAGAGACUUCGUUGAACCAGAAGCCAGCUACAGCAAAAAGAAGCGCGACAAAAAGGGCAAAAAAAAACGUAAACGCAAGGAUACGGGCUACUCCACUGCCAGCUCACAGAAUCUGUACUCCACCAAGGUUGGUAACAAGGACAAAAAGGGCAAGAAAUCAAAGCGCAUCUGCAGCAGCUCGCCCAGCGACUGCGAUCCCAUGAAUAUUAAAAAACAGAAACGAGCCAAAAAUGCGGAAAAGGCUGAUAAAAAAAAAUCCAGAAAAAUUGAGGCAGUCAUUGAGGAAUCAAGCAGCUCCACCAGCAGCAGCUCGGACUCCAGCAACUCCACAUUGCCCAGCUAUGAGGUUAUAGAUGAGAAGAAGUCGCGACGCCGCAAACAUGGCCACAGCAGCGACUCCAGCUCCAGCUCCAGCAGCUCGGACUCGUCCUCAUCAUCGUCGUGAGCUGGGCGGAGUACAUUUGGACUAACGGCAUUUUAGCGCGCACUCCGUUAAAAGCAACGUUGGGGAAACAAACUUUUUGGUGACAGCCAAAAGUACAUUUGGCUGCGACACUGGUCGAAUUAGACCCAUGUGUCGCAUUUUUUGGUAGAUAACCCAUUGUGAGGUUAAUUAAUUUGUCAGAAACAUAUAUUUUCAUAUGUUUGCAUAUAUAUGCUAAAAAAAUACUCAAAUUUAAGCUAAUAAAAUGGCGCCUUGAUUUUCAAACAA